CCCCCUUCUACAUUCUUUAGUUGUUUUAUAGCCGUUGUAGACUUACAGUUCUUGGUUCUGUGGCGUGGCGAAAGCAAUUUAUGAUGAUAAGUUAAACACAAAUAAAAGUGGUGUAGUUACUGUGUUUUUCUAUUAAACCAUACCACAUUGUUUAUGUUAUUUUUUAAUAUAAAUUCAGGAAAAACGAAGAGUAAUACGACAAAAUGACGGUCUUCGGAAUGGUGUCCGCGGUAGCGGGCUUUAUAAAAGUCCGUUAUCUGAUUGAUAAAGCUAUGAUUGAUAACAUGGUAUUUAGAGCCCAUUAUAGAAUUACAUCUGCCAUACUCUUCCUAUCAUGUAUCAUAAUAACAGCAAAUAACCUUAUCGGUGACCCGAUCCAGUGCAUAAAUGAUAGAGGUGUUCCUGGGCACGUUAUAAAUACAUAUUGUUGGAUAACAUACACCUUUACAUUGCCACAUGAACAGGGUAAACGUAUUGGAACAGACGUUUCUCAUCCUGGAUUAGGAAACGAUAAUCAGGAUAAAACAUAUCACAGCUAUUAUCAAUGGGUGCCAUUUGUUUUGUUUUUCCAGGGAUGUUUGUUCUAUAUACCACAUUGGAUUUGGAAAAAUUGGGAACAAGGAAAAGUAAGAAUGAUAACGGAAGGUUUAAGAGGUCUUUUAAUUAGUUCAAAGGAAGAACGAGAGCAUAGACAAUCUAGAUUAGUGCAAUAUUUAAUAGAAACUAUGCAUUUGCAUAAUACUUAUGCAUUUGGGUACUUUUUGUGUGAGGCUCUUAAUUUUAUUAAUGUUCUAGUAAAUAUAUUUAUGACAGACAAAUUUUUGGGAGGAUCAUUUUUAAGUUAUGGUACUGAUGUUAUAAGUUUUUCUAACCGAAACCAGGAAAACAGAACGGACCCUAUGAUUUCGGUUUUUCCUAGAGUAACCAAGUGCACAUUCCAUAAAUUUGGCCCCAGUGGAUCAAUUCAAAAACAUGACGCCCUAUGUAUUUUGGCAUUAAAUAUUUUAAAUGAAAAAAUAUAUAUUUUUAUUUGGUUUUGGUUUAUAAUGCUAGCAGUGUUAUCAGGACUUGCCAUGGUUUAUUCAGCAGCUGUAAUAUUAUUACCAAGCACUAGGGAAACUAUUUUAAAAAGAAGAUUUAGAUUUGGAGCUCCUAAUGCUGUGGAUACAAUAAUAAGGAAAACUCAAGUUGGAGACUUUUUAUUACUACAUUUACUGGGGCAAAAUAUGAAUCUGUUAGUUUUUGGUGAGAUUUUGGAAGAAUUUGUUAGAAGGCUUAAUUUUGGAAGUAACAGUAAUCUACCUUCGGCUCCAAGUACUUUAGAAAUGAGUCCAAUUUAUCCCGAAAUAGAAAAAUAUGGAAAAGAGACUGAGACAUAAAUAAAACAUCAUAUAUUAUUUAAUAAUAAUAUAUUUAUGUACACUUGACAAAUGACAAAAUGUUUAAUGGUAAAUUUGUGAUCAUUUAGGAUAUUUAUUAAUGCUUAAGGUAUUUCAUUUUUUUAAUUUAGUGAUAAGGUUUAUUACAUUAAGUAAGACUUAUUGUCCCAAUCUAGUUUAUUGAAAUAAAUUUUUAAUUUGCUAA